AUGAAGGGGCCCUCACCCACCAGCAGCCUCCUGCUGCUACUGUUGCUCCUAAGCCCAGACCCUGGAGGAGCAUUGCCACUGGCACCCAGCACUACAUCAUGCUGUACUCAGUUCUACUGACAGCCACUCUCAAGCAAACUACCGAGGAAGGUCAUCCGAGUGGAAUUUCAGGAAGCUGAUGGGGACUGUCACCUCCAGGCCUUCGUGUUUCACCUGUCUCGACGCAGCAUCUGCAUCCACCCCCAGAACCGCAGCCUGACUCUGUGAUUUGACUGCCAAGGGAAGAGGCUCCAGGGGACUCUGCAACUGAGUUUGGAGAUGAUAGGGAAAAUGGGCCGGGGCCCCCAGUAG